CGGUCUGUGAUUUGUGAAUAUUUUUUAUUUUAUUUAGGAAAUGUGAUUGAAUAAUGCCGCCCUUUAGAAGGAAGAAAGCUUCUAAAUCAUUUCCAGUGAAAGUUUGUACAUUAGACGCUGAAUUGGAGUUUAAUUUAGAGUGGCGUGCAACAGGGAGAGAUCUAUUUGACUUGGUUUGUAGAACAAUUGGCUUGAGGGAAACAUGGUUCUUUGGAUUGCAGUUCGAAGAUACAAAGCACUUUAUCAGUUGGCUUAAGUUGGAUAAGAGAGUGCAAGAACAAUGCGUAUCCCAAAUGCCCGGUACACCGUUCAUGUUGCUAUGCAAGUUAUAUCCAGAGGACGUUGCUGAAGAACUGAUACAGGAGGUGACUCAACACCUGCUGUUUCUCCAGGUGAAGCAGGCGAUACUCAGCAUGGAUAUAUACUGUCCCCCGGAGGCAUCUGUUCUGUUGGCGAGUUAUGCUGUACAAGCUAAGGUGAGUGUUAUAUGUAGUUUUAUAUCUUUACAAUUUUAA